GGAGCAGGGUGUUCAAACAUUGUACACAAAAUGUCAGCACAACAUGCAUGCCCUGUGUGGACGACACAUAUACAGAGCAUCCCAAUGGCCUAACAGAGUGCAUGAGAUGUAAAGUCUGCGAUGCAGGCGCCCGACUGAUGGUAAAAGAAAAAUGCACGUAUACGAAGAACACCGUGUGCGGCUGCGCCCCGGGGGAUUUCUGCCCACAUGCUGCAGGCCUGGACUGUGAAAUGUGUAGUCCCUACACCAUCUGCCUGCCUGGCUCUAUGGUGAAAAUACCUGGCACAGAAUUCAGUGACAACGUAUGUGAGGUUUGCCCUGAUGGAACCUUCUCAGCAACCAACAUGUCACACACCUGUCAGCCAUGGACCAGGUGUAAAGAGGAAGGGAUGAGAGAACUAAAGGCCGGGACAGCCACUUCUGAUGCAGUUUGUGUACAAAGAGGCCUUUCUGCCACAGCGAUGGCAUUGAUAAUUUUAGUUUUAAUUGUACCUGCAGUGGCUGGAGCAGUGUACUUUUUUUGGUGGAAGAAGAAGACGAAAGGUGGGGUAAAACCUGCACAGGAGACAGGGGAUGAGUCAAAAGGACAGGUUGAGAGAACUUUGAUCCAGUCUACAGAGAAUGGGACAGAUAUCAUUUCUCCUUAGGAACAAACAAAGGCAAGAGCAGUGGGGGAAGAAAGAAAGCCAUUGUCAGCCCUGCACAUGUGAUUGGAUUGGAGGCUUCUGAAAAUCGCUCUUCAUUGAAUUUCAGCCAUCAUCAUCAAUGUAACUUGAGUUUCUCUGGCUAAGUCCUGUCAUGCUGAAGCCUUCCUCAUGGACACAUUGUUAGGUGUAAUGUCUGCAGACUCUGGGUUCUUGGGGGAUGUCUCCACUUGCCAUUUAAAGCGAAAAAAGUCCCUGUUUUGCACAAAAACCGUGGGAGCGUCUACAUUUGCCAAUGACAGAAGUUUCACAAGAAACAGAAACUCACCUCGACGAGAAGCGUACAGUUCUUAUCGCUGAUCCUUUUGUGGUGAUGUGCAAGUGGAGACACGUUCUUCCUUUUAGCCUCCAGAGGAUAUCCCACAGUGCCUAGGGCGAUCACUCUGGCCAGCAGCUCUGCUGCUGUGAGGCCAGGUAAACAGACGUCCGCCUCUCCCCUGUAAAGCUGCAGGAACUUUGAAACUCCCCUUCCUGUUUUGUUUGCAAGUGCUCAUCUGGCCAAGUGACCAUGGUGGCUCCACAGAGUAAAUGAUCCGCCGCUGGGACCCUGCGCUCACCCUCCCCUUCCCAGAAGCCCUAUAGUGGGAUAGCUGCCCUCAGUGCGCUGCUCUCAUGGGUGAUGAAAUGCUGCAAAUGUAAACACUCUCUGACCCUGUGGAAGUAACUGAGUACAGAAACCAGUGCUUUUCUUUCACCGGUUCCCUAUCACCGAUGAAACUCAAGUGUAGACAUAGCCUUGGUUUCAUUCAGUAACUACACUUAAACGUCCAGUUAUUCAUUACAAUCACCUAUCACGCUGGGCUUUGCAGCCAGAAACACUUCCUGGUAUCCAGGAAUCUCUAUUGGACCAGUUGCUCUUUUGACUAUAUUGGACCAGAUCACCACAUAGUCAAAGUGGUUUUUAUACAUAGCUUUAGUUUUAUAACAGGACAAGAGAGGGUGGGGACAGAAAUCUUGUCUUGCUGUAAAUAUUUGUUCAAUAUCAUAAUACAUUAAAUCUGCACAUUUAUUGUUUCUUGUUAAUCAGAUUUGCUUUGAACCUUCUCUAUGUGUAAGAUAAAAUCCCAGGUAAGAAGUA